AUGAGCGCCAUACCAGCAACCGAUGCCGAAUGGGCACAAAAGAUAUCAGACAUGAAAAAACACCUCCCAAAACGAACGCUCAGCCAGCCGCCAAUACCGCUGCGAAUCAACCGGACAAUAGACCACACCCUCCUAAGCACCCCCAUCGACGUGACCCAAAUCGACAACCUCUGCGAGGAAGCCCUCGACCAAGACUUUGCAUCAGUCUGCGUCCGCCUCGAGCACGUCGCGCGGGCCGCAGCACUCGUCAAAGACUCCAACACGCUCGUAGCAUGCGUAAUAGCCUUCCCAGAAGGCACACACGAAACAAUCGAGAAAGUACGCGAAGCCAAAGAAGCCGUAGCGCAAGGCGCGCGGGAACUGGACAUGGUCAUCUGGUACAAUUUACUCAAGGAAGGCCGGUAUACGGAAGUCUACGACGAUAUCCUGGCUGUGCGCAAGGCGGCCCCGUCACCGAUUGUGCUCAAGGCGAUUCUGGAGGCGUCUGUGCUUGAUAAGGAGCAGUUGAUUGAUGCGACGAUUGUGGCUUGUAUGGCUGGGGCGGAUUUCAUUAAGACUAGUACUGGUUGGAAUGGGGGUGCUUCUGUCCAGCAUGUUGCGCUUAUGAGGAUUGCGGCUGAUAUGUGUGGACGGUCUUGCAUGAUUAAGGCUAGUGGGGGGCUUAGGACUGCUGAGGAUGUUUUGAGGAUGUUGAAGGCUGGGGCGCAUCGGAUUGGGACGAGUGGGGGAGUGAAGAUCAUGCGCGAGGUUAACGAGGGGGAGGUUUUGGAGCAGGGGGCUAGUCAUGCUACUUAUUGA